UCAAAGCGUGCCCACGUUCACAUCGUCGCCAGUUGCGGUGCUCAAACACGGAUAUUCCGGCGAUCAAUUAGAGCCUCCGGGGAUACAAAUAUUGUUAUAUAAGAUUAUCGUCGAGAGCGACUUGUGAAAUCCCCUCCGAAAUCCCAGUAGUGCCAGUGCGUAAAUCAAAAUGCUCGAGACCGAAGUGCUGCAACAACCAAAACUGAAUGGACCAGCGGACAGUUCUGGAGGGGAUUAUGACCCCUAUGUCUGCGGCUUGAGUCCGGCCAUGAAGCAGGUGGCCAAGGAGGAGCUGCACGAGGAUGAGAACAUUAGGCGUCAGGCUCUGGCCCAGUUCCGGGAGUGGAUCGACAAGCAUCCUCAUAUCCGCAAGUGUCGCACGGAUUCAGUUUUCCUGCUGCGCUUCCUUCGCACCAAGAAGUUCUCCGUGCCCGCCGCCUGUGAGAUGCUGGAGCGCUACCUGACCAUCCGCCAGCUGUUCCCCCAGUGGUUCAAGCAGUUGGACAUCAACGAUCCGGCCAUUAAUGAGAUCUUUGAGAAUGGAUAUUUGGUGCCUUUGCCGCAGCGCGAUGCCACAGGACGUCAAGUGCUCUUCUCCGUGGCGGGCAAGUUUGAUCCCUACAAGUUCUCUUCGGUGCAAAUGGCUCGCGUGCACAGUUUGAUUUGCGAGGCUCUCCUAGACGAUGAGGACUCUCAGGUGGCUGGAUAUGUGUACAUCAACGAUGAGAGUGGCAUGAACAUGGGCUUUGUCAGCCUCUGGUCACUGACCGACCUGCGCAGCAUUGUCAAGUGCAUCCAGAACUCCACCCCCAUGAGGCACAAGGAGACGCACUUUGUCAAUAUUCCACACUAUGCCAACAGGAUCAUCGAGCUGGGUGUGUCCAUGCUCAGCGAUAAGCUCAAGAAGCGAAUUAUUGUUCACAAGAAUGUUGACAUUCUAAAGACCAAGAUCGAUCCCGCCAUCCUGCCCAAGGAGUAUGGCGGCACCGUUCCCAUUGCCGACAUGAUAGCCGAGUUCAAAGCGAAGCUCCUCAAGCGUCGGGCGGCGAUCCUUGCCCUGGAUGAUAUGCAGAUCGAGGUCACCAAGGAUGCGGCCAACUUUGCUGGCAAUGAUAUUGGCGACAUUGAUGCUGGGGUCGUGGGCAGCUUUAGGAAACUUGAGGUGGACUAGGCGCCAUCUCAGCUAAUACCCUCUAUUCCCGUAGACUAAGAUAGGAUAGGUCAGGAUACCAUUGAGACAGUCGACAAGACGCGCGGGCAUGCACACUUCGUACCUAUUUAAAAAAAAAAAAAAAACAAGCAUCACCA